AUGCUCUCAACUAAACGUCUACUGUUCCGCCCGUCUAUUACCACCGGUAUUAGACGCGGUGAAGCAAAUAGUGUCGUGCUUUCUUCAACCUUAUGUUUCGCAUCCAAUAGCACUACGCUCGCAUUACGGUGGAAUUCAACGACAUCUCGUACAAGCCAUCCCUCACAAACACUUAACUACCAACAACGUUUUUCUUCUGGUGGUCCUGAUGGUCGAUCCUCUGCAUCUAUGGUUAUUGUAGAUCCUGUACGGGCCGCAAAAGAACGUGAUCGUAUGGCGAGAGAAAUGCUCUCAAGUAAUUUACCACGUCCUGCGGAAGAAGAACGGGUUGUGGUAACGUUGAAGGGUCUUGUACACACAGUACCAUAUACCCUUCGCAUCGUUGAGGAUGGCGCAAGUCUGGCUAAAGAGUCAGAAGCCAAAGCAAAAGUAAUUCUGCAGGAAUGUUUUGAUAUGGUAAACAAGUACCUAAAUCACUAUAACCCUGAAAGUGAAGUCUCUAAGGUGAAUGAACUCCCAAUUGGUGAAAAGCAUAAAAUGUCUGAACAUCUUCUACGGGUUAUGGAGUGCUCUGUUCGUGUAUAUACCUCCAGUGGAACAUGUUUUGACCCCGCCACUGGACCCCUCGCCAAACGUUUACGUGAUUUAAUGCUAAAGGAAGAUGGGGAUGAUAUAACACUUUCUGAAGAAGAAGUUGAGCGUUUUUCACUCCCACGUAGCUUUGAUGUUGAUUUAGCUCAAGGUACCAUUUCCCGUUUACACGAUGAGGCGAAACUCGACCUUGGUGGUCUUAAUAAAGGUUAUACCGUUGAUUGUGUGGUGGAGAAACUUAAUGAUGCUGGUAUAGCCAAUGUGUUAUUUGAAUGGGGAGGUGACUGUCGUGCUUCCGGUGUGAAUUAUCAACGUCUUCCUUGGGCUAUAGCCGUUACACGUCCACCAAGUGUAAAUGAGGUACGAGAACGUGCAGAAGCCAUUGCUGAAGGAAAGGAAGUAGAGGAAUUGAGUGUAUUACGUGAGAAGGCUGCACUUCUACGUGUUAUGUAUCUUGAUGAUGAAGCGUUAUGUACAAGUGGAGAUUAUGAAAAUGUUGUUUUUAACAAGAAACAUGGCGUUCGUUGCAGCUUGUUUGAUUGGAAAAAGAAAGGAUUAUUAGAACCUGUAGAUGAUGAACUCGCUCAAGUUUCUGUAAAGUGUUAUAGUGCCAUGUACGCGGAUGCCCUUGCCACAGCAAGUGUUAUUAAACGUGAUACUGUAAAGGUACGAUAUAUGUUGGAAACCUGGCGUCAUUCCCGAAACCGUGUAACCAAUUAUGCCGCCUAUACACGUGAAGAAGAACGUCUUGCUCACAUGUAUGAAAUUGCACGUGAAACUCCUGAAUUACGGCAGGAACGUAUUGCUGGUUCAUUACCUGCUCGUGUUAUUGUUAUUGGUGGUGGACUUGCUGGUUUAUCAGCUGCAAUUGAGGCAGCUAGUUGUGGUGCUCAAGUUAUUCUUAUGGAAAAAGAGUCUAAACUUGGUGGUAAUAGUGCCAAAGCUACAUCUGGUAUUAAUGGUUGGGGUACACGUGCACAGGCUUUAAAAGAUAUUUAUGAUAACUGCAAAACCUUUGAACGUGAUACAUAUCUUUCAGGUUUGGGAGGUAUGUGUGCACCUGGACUGGUGCGUGCCCUCUCUGUAAAGAGUGGUGAUGCCAUUGGAUGGCUUUCCUCUCUUGGUGUUCCAUUGACUGUACUCUCACAACUUGGAGGACACAGCCGUAAACGUACACACCGCGCUCCUGAUAUGCCGGAUGGUACUCCAGUACCCAUUGGUUAUACUAUUAUGCAAACACUUGAGCGACACAUCCGUAAUAAUCUUUCUGAUCACAUUACAAUUAUGGAGAAUACUUCCGUAAAGGCAUUGAUGCAUGAAACUCAUGGCACUCCAGACGGUGGACAUGAAGUACAUGUGACUGGUGUAACCUAUGUGAAGUCCAAUGGUGAAGAGAAGGAGCAAAUGACUUUAACGGCUGAUUCUGUCAUUCUUGCUACUGGUGGUUUCUCUAACGAUCGUGAAGGAAAGUCACUCUUACGUGAGUAUGCCCCACAUUUAUUUGGUACGCCCACAACCAACGGUCCUUGGGCCACUGGUGAUGGUGUAAAACUUGCCCGUCGCCUUGGUGCAACUCUUGUGGAUAUGGACAAGAUACAACUACACCCGACUGGUCUUAUUGACCCUAAAGAUCCGGCAAGCCCAACAAAAUACCUUGGCCCAGAGGCACUUCGUGGAUCUGGUGGUAUUCUGUUAAACAAUAAGGGUGAACGUUUUGUAAAUGAGCUCGAUCUCCGCUCUGUUGUAUCAAAGGCUAUCAAUAUGCAGGAUAAUGAGUAUCCAGAAUCUAAAGGCAGUCGUUUUGCUUACUGUAUACUUAAUGAGGCAGCUGCAGAGUUGUUUGGUAGAAACGCCCUUGGUUAUUACUGGAAUGUAUUGGGUGUAUUCAAACGUGUAGAAGAUGAACAUGAACUGGCAGAAUUAAUUGGUUGCAGUCAGGAGACUCUGCAUCAAACUCUGGUAACUUAUGAGGCUACCAGUAGGAAUGGGUCGAGAUGUCUAAAGACAGGAAAAUCUGUAUUCCCAUGUGUUCUCGGUCCACAAGGUCCUUUCUAUGUUGCCUUUGUUACCCCAUCUAUUCACUACACUAUGGGUGGAUGCCUUAUUUCGGCAGCGGCAGAAAUACUGCAGGAGCAUCAUUCAAUGAACAUUCUUGAAGAUCAACGUCCAAUUCGUGGAUUGUUUGGAGCAGGUGAAGUAACAGGAGGUGUUCAUGGUGGUAAUCGACUUGGUGGUAAUUCUCUACUGGAGUGUGUGGUGUUUGGAAAGAUUGCGGGUGAUCGUGCGGCAACAAUUUUGCAAAAGCGGGAUUCGGCUCUAUCAACAGAAAAGUGGACCUCCGUUGUGGUGCGUGAAUCGCGCCGUAGUGAACAGUUUGGUGCUGGUUCUCGUGUAUUACGUUUUAACCUUCCUGGUGCCUUACAACGUUCUGGUUUAAGUCUUGGUCAAUUUAUUGCUAUCAGAGGUGAAUGGGAUGGAAGACAACUUAUUGGAUAUUACAGUCCUAUUACAUUACCAGAGGAACGUGGUACAAUUUCUAUUCUCGCCCGUGGUGAUAAGGGAACAUUAUGUGAGUGGAUUUCUGCCAUGCGUCCAGGUGACUCUGUUGAGAUUAAAGCCUGUACAGGUCUUCGUAUUGAUCGUGACCCAAAUACAAAACAAAUUAUCUUUCGAGGACAUGUUAUUCGACAAUUUGGUUUAAUUGCGGGUGGUACAGGAGUGGCUCCAAUGCUUCAAAUUAUUCGUGCCGCUUUGGAACGUCCUUUUGUGGAAACUACGGAAUCUAUUCGACUCAUCUACGCCUCUGAAGAGUAUGAUGAAUUGACCUACCGUAGUACUUUACAAGAUUAUGCUAAAUCGAAUCCUGAUAAGUUUGCCUGUGAUUUUGUACUCAACAGUCCUCCUGAGGGAUGGACAGGUGGUGUUGGCUUUAUAGACCGUCCAUCUCUGCAGAAAACACUGCAGCCACCAUCUGAUGAUCUUCUUGUUGCUAUUUGUGGUCCACCAGCUAUGCAGAGGGCGGUGCGGAAUACAUUGUUGAAUAUGGGAUAUAAUCCAGCCCUUGUGCGUACAGUGGAUGAGGAUAUGGAAUAG